AUGGCUUUGCAAUACUUGACAGUACCAGCUAGGAGUACACAGACAGCCAGUUUAAUAUUUGUACACGGUUUAGGUGACAGCGGCUACGGUUGGAAACCAGUUGCUGAAUUCCUCAGCCAGAGUCUACCACACGUGAAAUUUAUCCUCCCUCACGCACCAUCCCAACCAGUAACACUAAACGGUGGAAUGUCAAUGCCAUCCUGGUUUGACUUGACAAGUUUAACUUUGGAGGGUACAGACGACGAGGAUGGUUUACUCAAGAGCAGCUCAGAGUUGAAUAAGUUGAUUACAGCAGAAGUUGACAACGGAAUCCCUUCAGAUCGCAUCGUUAUCGGUGGAUUUAGUCAGGGAAGCGCCCUAUCAUACCUCAUUGGCCUCUCGUCUGAGCGUAAACUCGCGGGUACAGUCGCACUCAGUGGAUGGCUUCCAAUGCGCAACAAGAUUAAGAGUAUGUUGGGUCCACACCAUCAGCUUUUACCUAUCUUCCAAGCACACGGUAGUGAUGACCCAGUCGUGAAUCCAAAGUACGCGGAAUUGACAAACGAGUAUAUCAAAAGUUUAGGAUUCAAAACCGUCGAUUCAGAUAAACCAACUAAUGGCGGUAUUUCAUUCAACAAAUACGAUGGAAUUGGACACGGCGCUUGUCAAGAGGAGUUGGCUGAUUUAGAAAUUUGGCUUAAGAAAGUCAUUCCAUAAGCGGGUGAUAUAUGCAACCUCGGAGUAAAAGUCCAAGAUGGUAGUACUCUCCUACUACUCACUCAAGGAUCAACAAAAGUUUUCAAAAGCGAUGGUAUAAAGACAUCCCAACAGAAAUUAUCAACCACUGUUGAUCCCGGUUGCAUGAUUAUUUCCCUUCCUGAUCCCGUUCAACCAUUCGCACAGUCGCGGUAUAAACAAAAACAGAAUUUCUACUUACACUCUACAUCAUCUGCUGUCAUAUUAGAUGCUUUCUCAAGUGGUAGAAGUGCACGUGGUGAAUCAUGGCAAUUCGAUACUUACACUUCCAUUAAUAACAUAUACAUUGAUGAUGUUUUAAUAAUCAGAGACGCUCAAACUGUCGCGAAACCGGAUAUAGAAAAGAGAAUGGGACCUUUUCAUGUUUACGGGUUACUUAUUUUACUUGGAAAACAAACCGAAGAUGUAAGACGGGCGUUCGAACAUGCAUACGAUAAGCAAAAUGCCGUAUUAAACGGGAGAUUCGACAUUGGAAUGGAUGUUUUAUGGUCUUACACUCCAAUCAACAAGGACGCUUCCGUUAUUAGACUAGCAGGUAAAGAUGAAGAAGUUAUCAAAUUAUUUCUACGUGACAACUGCAUCAACUUACAAGAAGUCAUCGGAAUGGAAGCCUACGUUAGAUGCUUUAAAUGAACAAUUGAUUAGACUAGUUUUAUUGUACAAUUAUUUAUUAUUAUUAGUGAUGAUCUCAAUUUAAUUGGCUACCUUGGCAUCCUUUGAGCGUACUCUAACACCUUUACCGAGCACUUUCACUUUAUCUAACAGACUUCUCUUUCUAGUUAACAGAGGCUCGCUUUCGUUCUCUUUCUCCUUGAUCGGAGUUUCUGGUGGUGGUGUUUCUUCUUUCUCGCUUUUCCCUGUUGGUGGCUCCGGUAAGUUCUUAUCGUAUGCACUUGGUGAUGGUGAAAUUGAAGGUGUUUGACUUGCGGUUGAAUUUCCACCACUUUGAGAUUUAGGUGAUCUUCUGCUACUCUUCCACCUCUUGAGUAAAGAUUGACUACGUCUCAUGGUGUCACUUGGUCCCACAGAUGAUCUUCUUGUACUACCACCUGACCAUUGUAUUGGCUUGUCAGGAUCAAUCUCAUCAUCCAUCUUGAUUGGUCGCGGUGGGGGUAUUCUCGUACUAGGUUUCCUUGUCGGUUUUGGUGGUAAAAGAGGUGAUUCUUGAUACAUGUCGGAAGUUACACGUGCGCCACCUGAUGGUAAAUUCUUUGCACCAGCGCUAAAUGCUUCCCAAGGUUCCUCUUCAUGUUUACCCCAAACUUCUAACAAUGGAUUACGCUUUUUCUUCUCUUCUCUCAACCUAUUCUCUCUUUCAUCCUCCGUCUCUGCUGGUUUUACUUCACGUGACUCAUGCAUCAUUUGUGCAUUAAAUGCUUUCACAGGUGCUUUAUGUGAAUCAUUACGUGAAGGUGAUGCUGCGUCAUACGGACUAUCAUGAUGCCAUACUAUAAACCCAUUGAGUUUAUAUUCUGUAGAAGGAAAGUAUAAAACUCACGGGCAGAUCCAGUUACAGCAGUUACGUCCCAGCUAUCAAUUACAUCAAAGUGCUUUCCAGGCUUCUUUCCUGUCUUUGAAUCUGUUGUGUUUGAUCUAGACAUCCUAGCUGCUGACUUCCUCGCACCAUCAUCGGAAUUACUCUGGGGAUAUGCUCCAUCCUGUGUACGCGAUCUGGAUAGAGGUAACUGUUGUGGUACAGACUUUGGUGAUGGUAGAGGCUUCCCCUGUACUCUUACAACGUCUUUUAAGGCUGCUUUAUACGCGUCAAUUGAGCUCGUUGGUCUGUGUGUUGG